AUGAAGCUGUUAACGGUGUUACUUCUUUGUGUGGCGGUGUACGCAAAACAUGAACAGUAUGCUGGAUGGAAGUCCUACUAUUAUGGACCAAAAUCUCAGGAGCAACUAAGGUCUAUUGGUCCAUUGGCCGAAGAAUUCGAGUUGGAUGUUCUUAGUUAUGCUAACAUAGAACGUGAGGGAGUGGUUCUAGUGAAACCAGAGCACCAGGAUGGAUUUAUUAAAGCAUUGGAAGAAAAGGGCAUCGCUUACAGGAUUCACUCUGCUGAUGUGAAAACUGCUUUAGAUCUGGAUGAUGUAGCCAUUGAGUCUAGAAGGAAAGAAAAUCUUGCCCGAAACGGUAAAGAGUUGCCAUAUGACAAUUAUCAAGAAUUGGAAGUGAUCGAUGCCUAUCUCGCUGACGUUGCUAGCCGGUAUCCAGACGUAGCCACUCUAGCCAUCGCUGAUAACUCCUUUGAAGGACGUCCCAUCAACUACCUGAAGAUAUCUACAACCAAUUUCGAGGAUACUAGCAAGCCUGUCAUUUUUAUCGAUGGUGGUAUCCAUGCUAGGGAGUGGAUUUCUCCCCCAACAGUAACGUGGGCUAUACACAAGCUUCUAGAAGAUGUGACAGAGCCUGACCUCUUAGAGCGUUUCGACUGGAUCCUCAUACCUGUAGUAAAUCCUGAUGGAUACAAAUACACUUUUACAGAUACCCGGUUUUGGCGCAAAACUCGCUCUACAGAUCAAAGUAACGUGAGUACAACAUGUCCAGGAGUCGACGGAAACCGCAACUACGAUUUCUUCUGGAACACAGUUGGAACUAGUAACAUUCCGUGCGCUGAUAACUAUGCAGGCAGUCAAGCUUUCUCUGAAGUGGAAACUAGAGCUGUCGAUAAUCUUCUCCACAAAUACCUUGGCAGAAUCGCUCUGUAUCUCACCAUGCAUAGCUAUGGAAGCAUGAUAUUGUACCCAUGGGGGCACGAUGGUAGUUUAUCUUGGAACGCAUUCGAUUUGCACGUAGUUGGUAUUGCAAUGGCUGAAGAAAUCGUUGCCCAUUCCUUAUCCCAUUUCCCAAGAUAUGUAGUAGGUAAUGCAGUCCUCGUUAUUGGAUAUGCAGCAUCUGGAGCGUCCGAAGAUUACGCUCAUCAUAUUGGUAUUCCAUUGGCAUAUACCUAUGAGCUGCCUGGUCUUUCUGGUGGUCUUAAUGGAUUCCAUUUAGACCCAGUAUAUAUUGAACAGGUGUGUCGUGAAACUUGGGCGGGUAUUGUUGUAGGUGCAAGAAAGGCCGGCGAUAUAUUUGUAUCGUGA